AGAAGCCGCGGAGUGUGCCGUAGCAAUAUUAUAGUGAGAACCAGAAAAUACAGAGGUUCGGCGAAUCCAAGAGAAAUUACUGUACUGUAAGAUAUAAGAGACUAUGAGAAAUAAAAAUACAAGUGUGGCUUAUUCGCUGCAUUUCGCUUGGCUUCGCUCAGAAUGGCGGGAAUGGCGUUACAUCGACAUAAAUGCGCAUGUGGGUGGACAGUCUCUCUAGAAUCGAGACUCGAGGCCCACCCUCUAUAUACAAGCACUUCCUUAUGAUAACAAACAAUUCUAUGUUUGUCAAUUAUUCUUCGUUGCAAUUUUCCAAGCAUAAGAUUUGGCUCUAUUUAAGAAAUGGAUCUUUUAGCCAUAGUUGGUUUAAUAGUCAUUAUCUAUUAUCUCAUUUAUAUGAUAUAUCCCUGGUUUGUGGAUUGCGAUUUGAAACUUGCCUUCUAUGAAAAAUUUGGAAAACCGAUACAUUCAUUAAAAGGCAAAACAGUCUGGAUAACAGGAGCAUCCAGUGGAAUUGGAGAAAAUCUUGCAUAUGUAUUAGCAGAUGCCGGUUGUAAAUUAGCACUCUCUGCACGAAGAAAAGAACUACUGGAAAAAGUAAAAGCUAAUUGCUUACAAAGAAACUCCAAAUUAACGGAUGCAGAUAUUCAAGUACUUGUCUUGGAUGUUUGUGAUAUAGAUAGUCAUGAAUCAACAUUUCAACAAGUUCUUCAUCAAUUUGGAAAAUUGGAUAUACUUGUAAUUAAUGCAGGUUGUUCUCAACGGGCACGAUGGGAGCAUAUCAGUCCAGUUGUCGAUAAGGACAUGUUCUCUGUAAAUGUUUUUUCCCAAGUUGCUUUAAGCCGCUUGGUGGCAAAAUAUUUCCUGCAACUAGGCACAGGUCAUUUUGUGGUUAAUUCGAGUAUUGCAGGUAUCACAUCGGCACCAUAUUCUGCCACAUAUUGUGCCACUAAAUAUGCUUUACACGGAUACUUCAAUACUUUCGACGUAGAAAAAGUAGGUAGCAAUAUACCAGUUACAAUAGUAUGUCCAGGACCAAUUCAAACAAAUUUCUUAGAGGUAGCGUUUACGGAAAAGCCUGGAGAGAAAUAUAAUGAAACAAUAAAAAUGGGUUCACAGUACAAACUUACUGCAGAACGCUGUGCAACAUUAAUGGGAGUUGCAAUAGCAAAUCAACUUUCUGAAGUUUGGAUUUGUGUACCAGUUAUACUUCAAAUAAUAUACCUGAAAAUUUAUUUUCCAAACAUAGGGACUUGGAUAUUAAAAUCACUGGGAACAAGAUUUUUCCAACGUCUACGGGACGAUAAACCAACGAUCCAACAGGAAGAAUAAUUGUGAGACUUGUGAAAUGUUUAUGAAAUGCUUCGUCCAUUUUUGUUACAUAUUUUUAAAUAAAGACAGAAACCCAAUUUAAUAGAAA